AUGCUAAAAGCAGUAUCUGCAAAGUACCUGACUUUGUUCAAGAAACUUCAGACUCAGUCCAGGGAUUCACACAGCGCGGGUGGCCGGUACCCGUGCCCGGGAGCCGAGCUGCCCCCGCCGGCCUGCGCCCGCAGCCAGGCUCCAGCUGGGACCCCCCAGCCGGGACGGGCCCGGGGCCUGAAACCGCCUCGCCGCAGAUCCAACGGAGGAGCCGUGCGACGGACUGUCCUGCAGGCAGGUGGACAUCAACUUACCCUGGAAGAGAUACCAGACUGGAAUGCCGUAGAGCUGGUGGUCAGCGGGGAGACUGUAUUUCGUUGCAACAUCAAUGAGCUGGGAGGUGAUGGCAAGUUGGAUCCACUUUGUGAAGAAGCCAGAAAAGCAGCAUUAAAUGCUUACUGA